AUGUUACCUGUAAAGGUAAUCAUAUUCUCGCUCUUAAUAUUUACGAUUAAGGGCCAAGAGUCAAGCCCUUCUACCCUAACAGCGAAUGAAGCUCCGACUGCAGGCCCAACGGACGGCUCCAUGCAACAACCUGGUUUAGAACCAUCCCAGGAAUCAGUAUGGCUGCCUGAAAUGACUAUUACCGACGGAGUCCCAGGAACAUCACAAGAACAACGAUUGGAAAUGUCUCCGUUUUUGCCUGCGGAACUUUCACAGAAUUCAAAUAGAUUUGAGGGUGAUUUAAGACAACCACCUCCUAUGCCACCACAUCAUGGCGAAUUUAGAGAUCAGUGUGGCCCAUGGCAGCCUUGGGAUAAUGUUACUUGCUGGUGGCCAUCCACGUCAUGGGAGCAGUUACCUCAGUCAUGCAAAUUUCUACCGAUACCAGAACAACUUCCGCCUGUACUAAAAUCGCUUAUUGAAAGCAAAAUAAGGGAAAAAUACAGUGCACUAGUAGCUGAAUAUCAAAAACGAGGUUCCCCGCCACUGUGCGGUCACUGUGCCAGAAGUUUUGCUUGUCGUGCUAGGAAUGAAACUGGUUCGACACCUGGAAUUAGACCGCACUUUUGCAGAAGAAAAGAAGUUGUACCGAUUACUGCUGACUGCAACGACACUCAGGCAUGUUCUCUAACACUUGAAGAAGGAACUUGCCCUCCACCGUUAUUCUUAAGCAAAAAACUGAUCGAGAAAGGAGCUGCAGAACUGCUAUACCGAAUGGGACAGCCAACUGACCAAGACAGUGUGAGCUUUAUGAGCAUGCAGGCAGCAGCUGCGAGUGAAAUUGUUCCAAACAUACGAUUCAAAAGGCAAUCUUACUACAGCAAUAGAGAUAAGCAAUAUGGUGACUUCGACAAUUUCGAUAGCGGAAAUCACUAUACAGACCUGUUUGACAAGGAGCGAAGAGGUCCACCUCGAAGACCCUGGGAAAGGGAUAAUGAAUUUGGACCUGAUGGAAGAGAACCCGAUUUUAGGCCAAAGGAGAGGGAACAUGGCCAUGGAUUUGGCAGAAGAAGGCCUGAUUACGACCCAGAUGAACGCGGUCGUGGAUUUGAGCCUGACAGAAGACGGCCUGAUUUUGGACCCGAGGGAAGAGGCCACGGUUAUGGACCUGAAUUUGGGCCGGAAGGACGAGGUCGUGGAUUUGGGCCUGACAGGAGAAGGCCUGAUUUUGGACCAGAGGAGAGAGGC